AUGCAAUCCGUCCUGGAAAAUGACGCAGCGAAACUCGGAACCACCUUGAGUAAGAGGAAAGUCACGGCGAUGGAGAGGGAACUCGGGGAAUUUGGUGCAGCCGACAGAUUUGCUUCAGAGAGCAAGGAUUUUAGAGUUCGAGCCAUUAAGAACCGCGGAAGGGAAGGGGGGAUCGGCGUCCCGCUGCGACCCGGAAGGCCGGGGGUGCGUGUCCGGCUCCCCUGGCAUUUCACGCGCUCUCGUUUGCUGGGACGAGGCAGGAGAGAGUUCGAGUGCGGAAAGCGAUACGAGAGUCGUCCGUAUCGCGAUGAAUUCCACGAGAUCAUCGAAACUAGCGAAAUGCAGUGCAUGGAGAUGGACGGAGCGAUGCCGGGUCCAUCCCCUGCCCAGGCCUUCUUCAGCCCUUCCCCCUUGGGCCUGGACUCGCCGGGCGGAGGCCCCUCCCCCUACAGCAUCUCCCCGCUUCACUCCCCGCCCAGCUCCUCCAAGCCGAUGUUCUUCUACAAUCCGACCAGGAUCCUCUCCGAUAACACGAACGUCCCCCUCAAAUCCGACCCGGACGAGCCGACGAGGUCGGAGGCACCGAGGAGGUCGGAGGCACCCGGGAGAACGGAGGCAACGAAGGAAGAGGUGAAGCAGGAGAUCGGGAAAUCCGCCGAGGACUCGAACGACUCCGUCCUCGAGAUCGUGAAGCUCGACGACACCCUGGACACCUUCAGCCAAUCCGGCAGCCUGAGCUGCGUGAUGAGCACGGCCAUCCGCAGCGAAUUCGGCGGGGGGACGCAGCCGCCCGCGGACGGCGCGCGGGACCCGCGACCGCCGCCGCAGCUCAACGCCGCCGAGCUCGCGCGCCUGUUGGAGCUGAAGAAGGCGAACCAGGCGCUGGACUCGCCCAUCGACGGCAGCAAGCACCUCAUGGUCCGGUUUCCCGUCUCCUCUUUUCGUCCGCCGUCUCUUCGAUGUUCAGUGUAG